AUGACAUCAUCAACAGCUUCACCGCCAACAAUUGUUAUAGGUAGUGGACUUGGAGGUCUUACCACUGCCUUAGAAUUACUUAGUCACGGUCGCAAAGUAGUCAUAAUGGAAAAGACAGAUAAGCUAGGAGGAAACUCAAUCAAAGCAUCUUCUGGUAUAAAUGGCGUUCCUACAAGAUAUCAUCCUAAAGAUAGUAAAGAUACCGUUGAUGUGUUUUAUCAAGAUACUAUUAAAUCAGGAAAGGGAUUAAGUGAUGAGAAUUUAGCAAGAAAAUUAGUUGAUCAUUCAGGAGAUGCAAUUCAUUGGUUGGCAGAUUCUUUUGAUAUUGAUUUACUGGCAUUAGUCCGAUUAGGCGGUCAUUCAUUAGGAUCUUGGAAUUCAAAACUUGAAAAAUUGAUUUAUGAUUCUGCUAAUGUUAGAGUUAAAGGUAUUGAAUAUAAAUCUAACGAGGAUGAUAGAUUACAUGUUUUACAAGGUGAGAAUGUCGUUUUGGCAACUGGUGGGUUUUCGGCCGAUAUCCAAUCUCAAGAGAAUUCAUUAUUAAAGAGAUUCAGACCUGAUCUUUUACAAUACCCACUGUCAAAUGGAAAUCAAACCACUGGUGAUGGACAAAAGAUUGCUGAGCGUGACGUUGAUGCAAACCUUAUUCAUAUGGACCAAAUCCAAGUCCAUCCUACUGGUUUUGUCAAACUUGAUGCUCCAAAUGACAGUUGGAAAUUUCUCUGUGGGGAAGUCAUCAGAGGAAUUGGAGGGAUUUUGUUAUGUCCAACAACUGGUGACCGAUUUGUCAAUGAAUUAGCUACUCGUGAUGUAGUCACUGGAGCAAUAUUGGAUAAUUGUAAAGUUACCGCUGCUAAUCAAUUGGGAUUUACUCCUGAUUCUCCAUUAUCUAUUCUUGUAGUUAGUUUAGAUGAUGUUCCUAAAGCUAAAUCUCAUAUUGGAUUUUAUGCUUCACAAAAGUUGCUUCAACAAGGUACUGUUGCAGAUUUACGUCAAUUGUUGCAAAAGUUAAAUCCUACAAUUAGGAUUGCCGACGAAACAGUCACUGAACAUCUUGAGAGAUAUAAUGCGAUCAUAGAGAAGGAGAAUGAUUCUGAUUUUGGUAGGACUCAUUUUGGAAAUAAGAUCAAUGUAGAAGAAGGUUUCUACUAUGGUGUUGUGACUCCGGUACUUCAUUUCUCUAUGGGUGGUAUCCAAAUUGAUACUAAUGGAAGAGUAAUUAGAAAAGAUGGAACGACAAUCGAGAACUUAUUUGCAGUUGGUGAGCAAUCACCUCCAGAGGUACCACCCUUAUCUAAUCCACCAAGAAGAAAUAACCUUAGUGUUGUCUUUGGUAGAGUAGUUAGUAAAGCUAUUUCCAAGUUAUGA